AAGAUUCUCAUGAGGGAAGUUACAAAGUAGUGCCUUUAGGGCUUUGUCAGGGUUUUGUCUGUCUAGUUAGUAGACAAUGGGAACAUAUUGGCGGGGGUCCUGUCCUGCCCUUGUUUUAGUUUGGUUGUUUUGCAGUGCUUUUGUAUUUGGAUUAGGAAAUAGUUUUCUCUAUCCUGAAGAGGCUAAUUCUAAAGAUGAGAGAAACUUGGCUUUUGAAGGAAAUUCAAACCUUGGAGUUGAUGGGAGCACAUCUUUUGAAGGUGGUGUGUUUUCUGAAAACCAUCUCUAUAAAACUCAUCGAGGUUAUAGCAGUUCUGAUUUGUCAAUUCCAGCAGUGGCACCUAAGUACUAUAAAGAGCUGUCAUUUCAAGAAGAUGAUGCCAGUGACUCUAGUCCCUUGAAGACUGUGCCUGAAUUUAUCAAUAUGGCUGCUCACCAGGCCUCCCCUGAGUUGGGAAAUGAGAAUGCGAGAACCAGAAUUUCAGAUGGGCACCUUUGGAAUGAUGUCUUAACAGAUAUUUCCAAUGUUUUAUAUGAUGUAAACUGGAGAGCAGAUCUUCUAGAUGGAGAAAGUUCACCAUUUAAUUUCUAUGGUGUGUUCAGUUUGUCAAAGUCUGUUAAAGUAUGGGGUGAUCAAAGUCCUGCCUUUCAUUUGCCUCCAAAAAAUGAAUCCUCUUGUGGUAAAGAUGGAGCCCCCCACCACCCCCUACAGUCUGUUAGUUGCAAUAUGACUAACAUGACUGUUGUAUUUAAAGGACAUCUAAAAGAGCUCUUUGUACAAGUUAACUCCUCUACACUUUUGGAUAUUUCUAAUCUUCUGCCUAAGUGUAAGUAUGAUGUAAAAGGAAAGCAUGGGUCUUUUCAUUUUACGACUCCAUAUAAUGGCUGUUAUGUAAAGAAACUGGGUGACUGCUUUGUCCUCAACCUUGUAUGGAAAAACAAGCCUGUGGUUCUUUCUUGUCCAGCUGAACCCACACCAUCAUUACUUACAUUUUGCCAAAGGGACAAAAUGACCAUCGUCCUUCCUGAAGGUCCUCUAGACCUGCUAAAAGUGAAAGAUCGCUUUAAUAAAUGGAUAACUGCUUACAAGAUUGCCCACAAGUGCAAAUACCUUAUAUGGAGGGAUUCUUUGGGCAGAAUUGUCUUCUCGGCUUCUUUUAAAGCCUGCCAUGUGAUGGAAAUGAAGGAUGAUUAUGUUCUAACAGUAAGCUAUAAAUCAGCUGGGGCAACUGGACACGUCGUGAUGUCUUGCCCUGUUGAAACCCAUGUCCAGCAUCCUUACCACUAUCUGGAUUUCCCAAAUUUGUUGUGUGCAAAGAAUGGGAUUAUCAUUCACCUCCCAAAAUGGAACUUGCAGGCUAUUCAACUAAAAGAUGUAUUUGGAAAUGCAGUAAAUAUUGAGGAUGUUGCAGAAGACUGUGACUUCAGGCUCAUUCAUGAUAUGGCUUCAGUCACGUUAAUGGCUUCUUUUGAAAGCUGCAAUGUAAAAUUACAGGGCAAGCAACAUGUAUUGACUGUUCAGUUCAUAAUGUCUGGAAUGAACAAAUCUGUCAAUGUCCGAUGUGAACAAUCCAUGAAGCCAAGAAUUCACUGCAGGGCUUCAAACAUGACGAUAGAGCUACCACAUGGACCCCUGGAGAAAGUUUUCAUAAAAUCUCGACUGAAUCAGUUGAUUGCAGUCAAAGUUGCUCCCAAAUACUGCAGGUACCAUCUGGUCAGAGAUCGUGGCAUGAACCUCCUGACUGCAUCUUACUUGUCCUGUGAUGUUAAAACUGUGAAUUACAACUAUGUCUUGCCGGUGUUCUAUAUGUCGGCUUCUGGUAAGCAAGGUUCUGUAAACAUGGAAUGCCCAGCAACAACCGGAAAACCUAGGGUCCUCUGCAGAAGGUCCAGUAUGACUCUGUACUUGCCAAAGGUUCCACUGGAACAAAUCCGACUCAGAAACCAUCAUGGAAAGACUGUCCCCAUCCAUGCUGCCAAGCACUGCCACUACAUUUUAAUGGAAGGAAACCGGCGCCUGAUUUUCACUACUUCCUACAAGGCCUGUGAUGUGCAAAUAAAGUACAGGCAUUACAUUUUGACUGUGGUGUAUGGAAGUGACACACAGGGCGAGGCAUCUGUGGAGAUGAAAUGUCCAGUUGAAGAAACGGAGAAUAUUCCCAGCCAGGCAGUGACCUGUGGCAAAUCUGGAAUGUUUGUGUUGCUUCCAAAGGGUUCCCCAGAGGAUGUUAAAAUAAUUGGUAUGUGUCUUCAGUGUGGAGUCAUCCUUGAUCAGCUUGCAGUAAUCAUGAAGCUUUUGGUUUUUUUCUAGACUAUCUUGGU